CUGCAGUUCAAACUGGAAAAUGGCGGGGGCUUCUGMGUCAGUGGCUGUCGCCCCUUCGCAGGACCAAGAGAUAGUGGUCGGGACAGACAGCCAGACCGCAGGCCCAGCCAACCCCCGAGAGGACUUCCGAGUGCGCUGCACUUCGAAGAGAGCUGUGACGGAACUGGUAGAACUGUGCCGCUGCUUCGUGCAAAAGCUCGGAGACGCGCUGCCAGAGGAGAUUCGGGAGCUCGCGCUGCGAGAUGCGCUGUGGACCUUUGAAUCAGCUGUGCAAGAGAAUGUCAGCAUUAAUGGGCAAGCAUGGCAGGAAGCUUCAGAUAAUUGUUUUAUGGAUUCUGACAUCAAAGUACUUGAAGAUCAGUUUGAUGAAGUCAUAGUAGAUAUAGCAACAAAACGUAAGCAGUAUCCCAGAAAGAUCCUUGAAUGUGUCAUCAAAACCUUAAAGGCACAACAUGAAGCUCUGAAACAGUACCGACCUGUUGUAUCUCCAUUGGAUCUAAAAUAUGAUCCUGAUUCAGAUUCUCGCAUGGAAAGUCUGAAAUGCAGAGGGGAAACCAUAGCUAAGGUGAUCAGUGAAGCCAUGAAGGCUUUCCCUGUAUUGAUUGAACAAGGAGAUGGAUUUUCCCAAGUUUUGAAGAUGCAACCUAUCAUUCAGCUCCAGAGGAUCCACCAAGAAAUCUUUUCCAGUUGUAGAAAACCAGAUGCUAAACCCGAGAGCUUUAUAACACAAAUAGAAACCACACCAAUGGAGACUGCUCCCAGGAAAACCUCUGAUGUGGUACUGAAAAGAAAGCGAACUAAGGACUGCCCCCAGAGAAAAUGGUAUCCACUGCGGCCAAAGAGAAUUAAUCUGGAUUCAUAAGCUCUUUUGUUUGAGACUAUAGGUGCUGUCAGUGUUUAGAUUACCAUCUACUACCUAGACAGGACUUUAUUUAAACAACAGAUAAUUCUUACUAGUGAGUCAUUGAUACAAACAUAGUAAGUCUGUGCUGGGAUAUGAUAUAAUAUUGUGUUUCUUUUCAUUUCACGUAUACUAGGUGAAAAGUGUUUUUAGGUUGGGUUUUAUUUUUGUUGGUGGUGGUUUUUUGGGGGCUUUGUUUUGUUUUGUUUGAAGUUGGCACAAAUCACAUCAGUGGACAUUAAGAGUGCAAAUUUUUUACUUUCCUUAAAUGCCAUCAACUCUUGGCUGCCUUGCCGCUUUUGAGGAAUUGUAUAAGUAAUGUAUUCUAUUGAUUUCCUUGAUGUAUAUCUUUCCUUAAAACAAGAGGGGGAGGCUGUGUGAUGAUUCAUUUGGUGCUGAAAACAAAUUAGUUCUAUACAGGAGCAGAUGCAUUUUUUUAUAUGUAGGAUUUUAUUUGUUUGGAGUGCUGGGGUUGGGACCCAAGGCCUUGUGCAUGCCACACCUGUGCUCUACCUCUCAGCUAGAGUUGCAUAUCAACUUAAUGUGCAAAUGACAAUACUGGCUUUGAAUUUGUUAUUCUGAAAUCGGUUAAUUUGUAUUUGUGGGAUUAAUUUUAGGCUUUUUUUGGGUUUGCUUCAAAAGACAAAGAUGGCUAUUAUUUGUGCAAGAAUUAUUAUUCAGAAUGAACACUGGCAAGUAGCCAGUGUUUCUGGCCUAUAAUUUUAUUUUUCAUGAAUAUUUAACAUAA